AUGGACACCGUGACAGCUGACCUGCAGCGGCCAUUACUAUGGACCUUACUUUAUACUGACGACGUGAUGCUGGCAGCAGAAAACAAGCUUGAUCUGCAGAGCCAAACUGAAAAAUGGAGCGACCGGUUGCCGCAACACGGUUUGCGCCUUAAUUUGAAGAAAAGCGAGUACAUGACAUCAGACAGACAUGAAAUGGGAACCAUCCUAAUUAAUGGUGAAGAUCUGACUCGUGCGGACAUCGGGCCGAGCAGCACGAGCGACGAUGAAACGAUGGGUCCACGGCGCGGCGGUCGUCUGCUGAGCGGGGGCGGCGGGGGCGUGCCGGCUCCGCCGUACAGCAAGCAGGACAUCCGCGAGCAGUACUGCAUCACCAGCAAGCAGCUGGACGUGCUCGAGCGCCACCGCGCCUCCUCCGGCGGCGACUGGCUGCUCGGCUGCCUCUCCUCCUACCAGGAGGGCACGUGCCGCGCAGUCAAGCGGUCGUCGCUGCUGUCGGUGUGCGUGCGGCGGCGCGCCCCCAGCGACGAGAACCUGCCCGAGCUGUGCCGCCGCCCCCUGCCGCCGCCCCCGCCCCCGCCGCCGCCGGCGCAGGCGCACCCCUCCGGCCGGCCGCACAAGCACGUCAGCUUCGCGCGCUCGCACACGCUCACCUCGUUCGACGUGGGCAGCUGCAGCCUGGCGCGCUCCAGGGAGCGCCUCGUCGACGGCAAGGAGCGCGCCGCCCUCAGGCCGCAGCCGCCCGCGGACGGGCCCAAGGUGGUCGUGCUCGAGAAGCUGAAGCGCGCGCCUAUGAAGACGCAGGCGACGCAGACGGACGUGUGUCUGGGGAGGAGACCUCUCGUACCAAACUACCUGUCCCUCAGCCCGCGCACCAUACACAGGGUGCGGAUGGUGUCGCAGUUCGCGCAGACCAACGGCGGUGGCGUGCUGGCCAACGGACGCGGCCGGCUGAUGAAGAGCUUCUCGGAGGCGGGGGGCUGCUUCGCGGACGGCGCAGCAGGCGGCCCAGGGGCGGGGGGCGCGGACGACACGUCGCACGAGCCGCUGCAGCGCACACAGUCCGAGGAGCCGCCGCGCUCGCCCUUCCUCCCAACCGCGUCACGUAAGAUCCUGAUCGACUUCGAGCCGGCGCCGGUGGAGCGUCGGCCGCGGAAGCGCCUGCUGCAGAAGACGCUGUCGGAGGGCGAGAUGCUGCGCGUGGGCGUAGGCCCGGUGGGCGGCGGCGGGGGCGGCACGGGCGCCACGCCCCCCGCCAGGCUGCCCCCCGACGAGCCGCUGGAGAAGCAGAAGCGCGCCUUCGCCUCCACGCCUGCCGACAUGGAAAUUACCUUUACACCCCCGUGCGACCUACCGACGCCUUACGCGUCGAAGCAUCCGUGUACGUGUUUCACUGCGGCAGGCCUGUCGGCGGCGGCGGACGAGGACGAGUUCCACGAGAACCUCAUCUUCCGCGGGCUGUUCCGCAAGCGGUCCGUGUCGCUGGAGGACGCGGGGCCGGCGUCGCUGGGACCCCUCGACAGCCCCGCCGCCGGGGAGUUCCACUCGGCGCCCGCCUCGCCAGAGCCGCCCUCGCCGCCCCCGACCGCCGCCCCCGCGACCGCUGCCCCCGCAGCCAGCAGCGUGGCCGGCCGACCGCAGCUUCCCACGCCCACGCCCACGCCCGCGCCCGCCCCCGCGCCGCGCACCCAGCGCUCCUCGCCGUCCGCCUCCUGCGACUCGCUGGCCGCCGAGCUGCGCACCGACCACAGCGACGGCAUCUGGAACGAGUCGCAGGCCACGGUCACCCGACCUGACUGUAUCUUGGCGAUGACGCCGUCUUCCCGGCGGAAGCACCUGCUGCUGCUGCAGCACCAGCAGCGCUCCUCCAUGGACACCGACGCGCUCGACGAGGAGCUCGACCUCUCCGAUGCCACCCAGCCGCAGCAGCCCCUGUCUCCACGGAUUUGCAUCGACGCUCCGGUACAGCAGGCUAACAGCGGGCCCAGUACCUGCAACGAAAGGCUGGAGCGUUACUCUCAGGACUCGGCGGGCCUGUCGCCGCGCCGCAGCCGCAGGACUGGCAACACUACGAUGACGAACACGACGACGACAACGACGAGCUCGGAGCUGGCCCGCACCGACUCUGGCCGCACCAACACGGACCUGUCGGAGACGAGCGAGGACUACGUGACGGCGGACGGCAAUUCGCACACCGACACGGCGGGCUACGUGGCGUGGCCGGUGGGCACGCCCGUGUCCGCCCCCGGCGGCGUGGGGGCGGCGGGGCGGGGGUGUGUCCGGCUGUUGGACAUGCUCACGGGCGGUAUCGCCGGUGUCAAGGUGCUGGGACGCCUCCAGGUGUAUCGGUCCAGAGAGACGCUCAUCAACGGCGUCUUGCGAGAGUGGACCGAGGAGGAACGCCGACGCCGCAAGAAGACGUUCCGGCUGGAUUUCUCGCCGCUGGGCGCCGGCCCGCACACCGACUGGGACUCCCCGCCGUCCACAGGCUCUCGCACAACCCCGGAUGGCUGGCGGCGCGGCGGCACGCCCCCCGGAGCUCCGACACAAGCACCCUCCGCCACUUCCACUGCGCCGCGACGCUCCAAGGUCGCCCAGGCGCACCGCCGACAGGCGAAGAAGUGCUUGGCAGCGGGCAUGGUGCGGAGCCCCGCCAUGCACGAGGGCUUCCGCGCGGACGACUGGGCGGCGCCGCUGCAGCGCUCCACGCCAGGCCACAGCCCGCCGGAGGGGGCGGCGCCGGGGGUGCCUGCCACUGGCUGCCCCCAAAUUCAGCAGCAAGCUGUAGCCCUCGACCUCGCUGGGGCGCAGCUGCACGCGUACUGUAUCGCGUCACUGAAUGCCAACGGCACCCGAGCCCCCGUCACGAUCCAUCUCCUGAAAAAAAUGAUAUCGACUUCGAAACAAGACACUGCGCUGUUACAGAAGGUGCACUACACUUGCUGUGAUGGAAAUCCAUUCCAAACCGAGUGCACCUGCAGCCACGUUAAGACAGUGUUUUUGUUGGCGCCGCCGCCGCAGGAGGGCGUGGCCAGCCCCGAGGCGCAGCGGCUAAAGGCGCUGAGCGCGGAGUCUCUGCGCUCGGUGAGCCCGGGCAGCGACAGCGUCUUCUACUCGGAGGCGGGCGAGCUGAGCAGCAACACGAUGACCGCCGCCACCGACACCGCCGCCGGCGUCGUCUGCCACCACUGCGGCCGCGAGGUCGCCGUCCUCUCCGGGCCCGAGGAGCUGGAGAGCACGGCGGCGGACGGCCCGUCGCCGGACAUCGUGCAGCCGCCGGCGGGCUUCGCAGACUCCCCGGAAGGCCCCCGCCAGCAGGCGCAGCAGCAGCAGCAGCAGCAGCAGCAGCCGCGCCUCUACAAGAAGGCCAAGUCCGAGGAGCGGGGGCGCGGCCGCGAGGACCGCGUGCGCCUCAGGCCCCUGGCGCGCUCCACGGACGCCAGCAUGGAGACGCUGCACUUAGAGAAAGCUUUUGACAAUGUUGACUGGUCAGGUGUGUAUGCGGAAACGUACAAGAAAGCAACGUGGAUCUACAUUGGCGAAACUGAAGAGGUGCACGUGUGGCAGAAACCGGAAUCCAGGUCGCAGGACAAAGACGACAAGGCCAGCGACGGGACGAGCGAACGCCGGGACUCGCUCGAGUCGACCAUCUCUGAGCGGGACUUCCGUCGCAAGUAUCAGGCCAUCACCCACCGUAUGGUGCACAGGAAGGCCACCGUCGAGAUGUACCGACGCCUCGCCAACGACUCCUUCGACUGCGACAAGACGGUGGUGGUGCGGCGGCAGUCUGGGGAGUUCGGCUUCCGCAUCCACGGCUCCAAGCCGGUGGUGGUGUCCGCCAUCGAGCCCGACACGCCUGCCGAGUCGUCGGGCCUGGAGGUGGGCGACAUCGUCAUCACCGUCAACGGCCACGACGUGCUCGACGCCUCCCACUCAGAGGUCGUCAAGCUGGCGCACGCAGGCUCUGAGACGCUGAAGCUGGGCGUGGCCCGCACGGCCAACGUGCUGACGCCGGUGCUGCGCGAGCCGGGCGCGGGCAAGGCGCUCUACUCGGGCUUCCUGUGGCGGCUGGGCGGCGCGGGCGGCACCACCUGGGUGCGCCGCUGGUUCUCCCUCAAGCGCGACAACUGCCUCUACUACUACAAGACUGAUGCGGAGAGCCUGCCGCUGGGCGCGCUCAUGCUGCACCGGUACGCGGCGUCGCGCUGCGAGGCGGCCGGCCGCCAGCACUGCCUGCAGCUGGCGCGCAAGGGCGGCCUGGGGCUGACGCUGGCCGCAGACUCGGAGGAGGCGCUCACGCGCUGGCUCGCCGUCCUCUCGCACGCCAUCGAGCGCAACAACCACGCGGACGAGUGGCUGGAGGCGACGCAGCGAGCCCUGCGGCUGCCCGCCAGCAGCGUGCUGCAGCCCGACUGCGCCGGCUACCUCACGCAGAUAGGGCCCAAGUGGCGGCGCCGCUUCUGCGUGCUCAAGGACGCCUGUCUCUACUUCUACCAGGACAGCACCGCGGACUCCGCCAUCGGGAUGGCGUGUCUGCACGGCUACCGGGUGCAGAACUGCGGCACGGGUGAGAAGCGCUUGUCCUUCGAGGUCCUGCCGCCCGAUGCUCGCCAGCGACACUUCUACUUCCAUGCAGAAUCGGAGCUCGACAAAAAGAAGUGGUUGGCGGCCCUGGAGUACUCGAUCGACCGGUGGAUCCGCGUGGGCUGACGGCGGUGCCACGCGUGCCGGCGGCGCGCCCGCUCCCGCUCGCGCUCGCGGCUGCUGUCCGAGGCGGCGCUCGCGGACGCAGAGG